AUGGCUCGUUACUUCUCCACAGUUGCCCUGCUGGCAACCUCCCUGAUGGGAGGUGUCAUGGCCCACCCCGGCGCCGAUAUUGAGGCUGAAAUCGCCGCUCGCGCUGCCUGGCAGGCCGACCCCGAGUACCGCUCGCUCAAGUCCUGCGAGGCCAGCAUCAAGGCCCGCGACUCCAAGCUGGUCGAUGCUCGUAUCGAAAAGUUCUCCAAGCUCCGUGAGAAGCGCGGUAUGGAGAAGCGCAGCUUCCGUGACGUUCUCCUCACCAGCCACCACUCCAACAAGACGGUCACCCCAGACUCUACCCCCGAGGAGAUCUUCGGCUCCGACAAUUCCUGUAUCCUGCAGCCUCAGGUGACUGAGGGUCCCUACUGGGUCUCUGGCGAGCUUGUUCGCCAGGACAUCACUGACGCCGAACCCGGUGUCCCUUUGACUUUCGACGUGCAACUCAUCGAUACGACCACCUGCGAGCCCCUCUCAAACGUUGCGCUUGAAGCUUGGUACUGCAACUCCACUGGUGUCUACGGUGGUGUCCAGGCCCGUGGUAACGGCAACCCCAACGAUCCCGACAGCUUCUACAACACUGCCCUCCGUGGUAUCCAGUUCAGCGACGAUGACGGUAUUCUGUCCUUUGAUGCCAUCAUGCCUGGACACUACACUGGCCGUGCCGUCCACAUUCACAUCAUGGCCCACAUCGAUGCUACCACCCUCGCCAACGGCACCAUUGGUGGCGGACAUGUCGCUCAGGUCGGCCAGCUCUUCUUUGACCAGACACUGAACCAAGCCGUCGACGAGGUCUCGCCUUACAGCACCAACACCCAGGCCUUCACAGUCAACUCGAAAGAUGGUAUCAUGGCUCAAGAGGCUGCCACCUCGGACCCAGUCCUUCAGUACGUCUACCUCGGUGACAGUGUUGAUGAUGGUAUCUUUGCCUGGGCCACUGUCGGCAUCAACCCCAACAAGGUCAUCAACCCCAAGGCUGCUGCUCACUACAGCGGCCCUGCAUAA